UGGAGGGCCACGUGUGCUGGAGCUAAGCAGGAAGUGACUGCGGGAGUGGAGCCCGGCGAGUCUGUGGCAUUCGGGGCUGAUGGAAGUGGAGAGGGGGCUGGAGAGGGCACCCUACUGUAUCCAGCAUGCUCCAAGGCUACAGCCCCGUGUUCCAGGCCUUGCUGGGGACCUUCUUUACCUGGGCAAUGACGGCUGCGGGGGCAGCUCUCGUGUUCAUCUUCUCCAGUGGCCAGAGGCGGAUCUUAGACGGAAGUCUGGGCUUUGCUGCAGGGGUCAUGUUGGCGGCUUCCUAUUGGUCUCUGCUAGCACCAGCGGUUGAGAUGGCCACAUCCUCAGGGGGCUUCGGUGCCUUUGCCUUCUUCCCAGUGGCUGUUGGCUUCACCCUGGGAGCUGCUUUUGUCUACCUGGCUGACGUCCUGAUGCCUCACUUGGGUGCUGCGGAAGAUCCCCAGACGGCCUUGGCCCUGAACUUGGGCCCUGCACUGAUGAAGAAGUCGGAUCCCGAGGGCCCCGCCACACUGCUCUUCCCCGAGAGGGAACUUACCAUCCGGAUAGACAAGAGUGAGAAUGGCGAGGUCUACCAGAGGAAGAAGGUGGCAGCGGCUGCCCUCCCAGAAGGCACUGCCCCCUCAGGACCUGUGCAAGGGAACUCAGGGCAGCCUGGGGUCAGCAGCUGGAGGAGGAUCGCUCUGCUCAUCCUGGCCAUCACCUUACACAACGUUCCAGAGGGUCUUGCUGUCGGUGUAGGAUUUGGAGCUGUAGAAAAGACUGCAUCUGCCACCUUCGAGAGUGCCAGGAAUUUGGCCAUUGGAAUUGGGAUCCAGAAUUUCCCCGAGGGCCUGGCUGUCAGCCUCCCUCUGCGUGGAGCAGGCUUCUCUACCUGGAGAGCUUUCUGGUACGGACAGCUGAGCGGCAUGGUGGAGCCCUUGGCUGGGGUCUUCGGAGCCUUUGCUGUGGUGCUGGCUGAGCCUGUCCUGCCCUAUGCACUGGCCUUUGCUGCUGGUGCCAUGGUCUACGUGGUCAUGGAUGACAUCAUCCCCGAAGCCCAGAUCAGUGGCAACGGGAAGCUGGCAUCCUGGGCCUCCAUCCUAGGAUUCGUGGUGAUGAUGUCUUUGGAUGUGGGCCUUGGCUAGCUCUGACAACCUUCGGACCCCAGGAAGGCAAAUUCCAGGCUUCUGCAGGACCAUGAGCCUCUCUCUUCACAUUAAAACCCUGUUCCUUUCUCUCCUCCCCAUCUCCUUACAGAUCAGCUCUGAUUACACUUUGACUUUUCAUUUUGCUUUGGAGGGAGAAGCUGGUUUUCUUUGUAAUCUCAAGGCGUCAUAGAACUGUAGAUUUGUGUUUGGGCCACUGAGUGGAAGGAAUCUUUCCUCGGUGGGAUUGUCAAGGCCAGCCAGUCCUACUGUCCCACCUCCAGUCUCCCUCACUAGACUCAAUUUCAGCUCCUCGAGGUCACCUCCAGAAGUCAGCUCUUGGCACACAAGUCCUGAGCAUGUUGGCCUAGGGUCUUAGAGCAGGUGGCCAGAGUCCCUUGUGCUCUCUCAUCAUGGGUCUUCUGUCCACCCAGAAUGCCAGGAGAGACGCAUCAUGAACACAGAAGGUUGCUCUCCAAGGCUGAGCCAGCUUCAACAGUGUCUGCUUCCUCCAGGGAGGCAUGCACGGAACGGCUCCCACACGAAGGGAAGGGGGUCAGCUCAUCUUUCUCUUCUGUCCGAAAGCAAAGAUUGGCAUUACUGAGGUUAGAGAAAUUUGGAAAUUAGGGUAACUGUGAACACACAGUGUGCCCUGUGGAGAGCGGUGUGAGGAUGAUUUUGACCUGAGGCCUCUGCUCUUGGUAGGUCACAAGAACAGAGCACUUGGUCAUGGUUCCCAGAUCUCCUUAGCUAUUAAUCUGGAUGUGUUUACAGCCAUUAUUUUUCUGAGACUUAUGAAUACUAGCAAAGUGCAGGUACUCAACCCCCUCGUUUACUGAAGGAGUUAAGUUAGCUCUAGCGAAUGAGUGACCUUUGGAGUCUGCUAAGGCACUUGCUCUGCUGGCCACUUGGAAACAUCUCCCCAUCCAGAGCCCCUGAGCUUUGGUAGGCUUUGUUGGAAUCUGGCCAGAGGGCUUUGAAUGAGAAAGGAAAGAGAGUAGGAAGAUGUAUUUUUACGUUUCCUUUCUUUGAAAACUUAAAAUUCUGAGAUGACCCUGAAGAAUGACUGGACUUAGACUAUAUGCUAACCUGCUCCAUCAUACACGUAGCCGGCCAUCAGCUCUCCCAACACAUCUGAGGCCCGAGCCCUCCAUGGUCAGAGGAGGUGUGGGACUCAGAGUGGACUCUACCUGGGACCCAAGCAUUCAGGUACUGGGUUCUCAGUGCCUGCUCUCUGUGUUCACGUGUUCCAUCCCUCUGAGGGUGAAUAUUGUAGUCUGUGAAUGUUCAAGAUCCCAGAGGCCAAUCUCAGCUGGGCAUAAGGCUGUUCCUCUGAAGCACUGGUGAGCAAAAUUGAAGACUCCUUCAAUUUGAUUGGUUGAGGCUAGCUGGGUUGGUGAUUGGCACAUGUGUAUAUUUUAUCCUUACGUCUUUGUGUGUAGUUCUGUUACUGCAAAUCGUCCUUUCUGCUGGAUAAGACCUGUAACUGUGAUUAAUAUCAAUAAAGGGAAUUUUGUUGUGCA